GCCGAGAGAUACAGGGCGGAAGUGCUAAACCGGAUGUAUUGAUGUUUCAGUGUCCUGCCUCUGUCAUGCCGGCCGUAGUCCCUGGUAUCUGUGUUCAAUGGCGCAGCCUUUCUCUGUGGCUGUUCGCAUUGCUUCAGCUGUGCAUCGCGGAUCUGGACGUGUUGAGUCCAGGCUCUGGCGGAGAUAAGUUUAAGGUGGAGGGCAGGGCUGUGGUGCCCGGGGUGAGGCCUCAGGACUGGGUGAGCAGUGCCCGGGUGCUAGUCGAUGGCGAAGAACACGUCGGCUUUUUACGGACUGAUGGCAGUUUUGCUGUUCACGAUGUACAGUCUGGCUCAUAUGUGGUAGAAGUUAUUUCUCCAGCUUAUCGGUUUGAGCCUGUUAGAGUGGACAUCACUUCCAAGGGAAAAAUGAGGGCCAGAUACGUUAAUCACAUCAAAACCUCCGAAGUUGUCCGGCUGCCUUACCCUCUCCAAAUGAAAUCCUCCGGGCCUCCAUCUUAUUUUAUUAAGAGGGAGACCUGGGGUUGGACUGAUUUUCUGAUGAACCCAAUGGUAAUGAUGAUGGUUUUGCCACUGCUAAUCUUUGUGCUGCUGCCCAAAGUUGUGAACACCAGUGAUCCUGAAAUGAGAAAGGAAAUGGAGCAAUCUAUGAAUAUGCUCAACACCAACCCAGAACUGCCUGACGUUUCAGAAUUCAUGACCAGACUUUUCACCUCCAAAUCAUCAAGCAAGUCCAGCGGGAGCGGAAAAGCUGGAAAGAGUGUUGUUGGGAAGAGGAGGUAGUGCCUGUCCCACAGGCUGCACUCGGUCACACCCAAUGAGAAUGUGAUCUUGCUAACGGAUAUAAAUAAUACCCUUCAGUCUAGUGGCUCCCACCCAACUAGCUCAUUGUGGUCUUAAAGGGCAAAUCAACCCCAAAAUAAAAAUUUGCGUAGUAAAAGAAAACCUAAUUCUAA